UCUCAGUCCAUCUCAUUCUCUCCAAGGCAGGCAGACCUCCUGAGCACUCUUCAAAAUGUCGAGUUUUUCCCAGCGUUCAGGCAUGAUUGGCUAUGGAAGACUCUCUGGUAGUGGUGGUGGUGGUGGUGGUGGUGUAGUCUCAAUGCGAAGGGCGACCAGCGUGUAUGGUGGUGCAGGUGGCUCUGGGUCAAGAAUGUCAGUUUCCUCUGGCAAAUUCGGCGGUGGAGGUGGUUAUUUUGGAGGGGGAUCAUCCGGAGGCUUUGGAGGGGGAUCAUCCGGAGGCUAUGGCUUCGGCGGAGGCUCUGGCGCAGGCUUCGGCGGAGGCUUCGGUGGAGGCUUCGGCGGAGGCUCCGCCGACAUGGACCUCCAUGUCGGGGCCAAUGAGAAGGCCACCAUGCAGAACCUGAACGACCGUCUGGCCUCCUACCUGGACAAGGUGCGCAGCCUGGAGAAGGCCAACGCUGAGCUGGAGCUCAAGAUCCGCCAGUUCUUGGAGAGUAAGACCUCCCCCUCUGCCCGUGACUACUCCGCGUACAUGGCCACCAUUGCUGACCUGCAAAACAAGAUCCAGCUGGCCACCUGUACCAAUGGAGGCAUCUAUCUGUCCAUUGACAAUGCAAAACUGGCAGCGGACGACUUCAGAACCAAGUUCGAAAAUGAGCUAGCCAUGCGUCAAUCAGUGGAGGCAGAUAUCGCCGGUCUAAAGAGACUGUUGGAUGAGCUGACACUGUCCAGAUCAGACCUGGAGAUGCAGAUAGAAGGCCUCAAGGAGGAGCUGAUCUUCCUCAAGAAGAACCACGAGGAGGAAUUGCUAGCAAUGAGAACCCAGAUGGGCGGACAGAUCAAUGUGGAGGUGGACGCAAAACAACAGCCAGACCUGAGCCUCAUUAUGGCUGAAAUUCGUGAGCAGUAUGAGGGCACGGCCGCCAAGAACAAGAGAGACCUUGAUAGCUGGUUCCAAUCAAAGUCAGAGGUGCUGAACAAGGAGGUGGCAGCCAGCACAGAAAGUCUCAAUACGUCCAGGUCAGAGAUCUCUGAGAUCCGUCGCACACUGCAAGGCCUGGAGAUCGAGCUACAGUCCCAACUCAGCAUGAAAUCGUCCCUGGAAGGCACCUUAGCAGAGACAGAGGGACGGUAUUCCAUGCAGCUCCAGGGCCUCCAGUUUCAGGUGACGAGCCUGGAAGAACAGCUGACGUGUAUGCGUGUUGACAUGGAACGCCAGGGCCAAGAAUACAAAAUGCUGCUCGACAUCAAGACCCGUCUGGAGAUGGAGAUCGCAGAAUACAGGAGGCUCAUGGAUGGAGAGGGCAGUGCUGGUGCUGGUUCAAGUUCAAGUUCCUCCUCAUCUAGCAAGGUGGUAAUAGUCACAGAGGAAUUGAGGGAUGGCAAAGUGGUGUCCUCCUCCUCCUCCACCACCCAGAGAACAUCAUCAUAAUCAUCUACAUCUAAUGUGUCUCGUGCAGCAAACGCAAAACCAGGUGCCACACCUGAAAACCACAAGCAACAUAUGAAUCCAAUUCUUCCUUCACAUACACAUGUGAAUGCAAUAAAAUGAUGCCAGUUUGCUGACUACCA